AUGUCCGAGUCGGCGUCUCCUUCUCCUAGUCCUAGUCCCUCUCCUCCGCCAGUUAGAGAACGACAGCGGGACCGCCCCAGAGAGCAGGAUAGAGAUCGUGACCGUGACCGCGACCGCGACCGCGAUCGGGCGAGAAACCGCGAUGCUUCGGUGCAGAGCAAACGCCUCAGCAUCACCGAGAGACUUCGCGGCACCUUUAUCCAGGCUCGCAAGGAGACAUCGGCCGCCGUGCAGCGGCGCGCAUCAGCCUCCUCUUCAGCUGCCAAACAGUCUCCCUUGCCGCGUAUUCGAGAAUGGCUCGACACCUGCACCGCUGAGCAUGGCCUUCACUGCACCAGUGGCGACGGGCCCGAUGCCGCGACAUGGCGCCCACUCCGUCUCAUCGACUGUGUUGACCGCCUCUUGGUUCGCGCAAAGCCCACCGACGGCUACACCGCCCUCAGCUACGUCUGGGGCUCGUCAAAUCCCCGACAGGGCGGUCCCCAAGAUCAUGCGCAGCUCUUGACGACAAACAUCGAUGCGUAUCAGCUGAGUCUGCCGGACAAGCAUGUCCCGCAGACUAUCCUCGACGCCAUGUGGCUAUCUAAAAAACUCGGCAUACGACACAUGUGGGUGGAUAGGCUUUGCAUCCUUCAAGAUGAUGAGCAAGACAAGGCGGAGCACGUCGACAACGUGGCAUUUGUCUUUGCCAAUGCCUCCUUGACCAUUGUUGCCGCGUAUGGAGAUGCUCAUACGGGUAUCCUUCCGCUGGACCCGCGCCGGCCCGCUCGCACCCCGAAGCAAGCAAGCACGGAUCACGCCGACCAGCUCCUGUCGUCCACGUGGAUGACGAGAGGUUGGACUCUCCAGGAGCUGACCUAUUCGCGCCGCGGGGUAUUCUUCUUCGAGGACACAUUGACGUGGCAAUGUCAUUGCGACGUGUGGCAGUGCAGUACCACGAGCGUGGUGAAGAUGCUUCGGGGGAAAAAGCCAGCUUGCACACGUCGUCUGGCAGAGGCUGCACUGGCGUUUCAGCACGCUCCGUGGCCCGACUUGGACGAAUAUGCCCGUCUGGUCAUGGACUACAGCGCGAGACGGGUGACGACGGUAGACGACACGCUCAGGGCCUUUGCCGGCAUAACCAACGUCUUGUCCCGCGUUUUUCCAGGAGGGUUUGCCUAUGGCCUGCCGCUCAUGUUCAUUGACGCCGCCCUGCUGUGGAGGCCCCAGGCGACUGUCCGAAGGCGAGCGCUCUCGCGACCGCCGUUUCUCCCUUCGUGGUCGUGGAUGGGGUGGUGGUUCGAUGGAAUCCCCGUCGACCUUACCUUGUGGAGAGCGGCUGCUGACUACGUGGAGGAGGCGCAGCCUGCCAGCCGCGGUCAGGAAUCCAAACGGUUUCAACCUACCCACCCAUUCAGGAUCAAGGCCACGUGCACCUGGAGUCUCUCUGACCGGGCCAACAGCAUGCCCAUCAAGAACAACGGACUCGAGUGGCGCGAGUUUCGUUCACGCCGAGCGUCGAGCCUCGCGAUGCCCCCGGGCUGGUCCAAGUCCGGAGCUCAUUUCAGGCACGACAGCGACGACGACACCUGGUUCAAGUAUCCGGUACCUGUCCGAGGUGCCCCCGUAAAUGGGGCAUACGAGUCGCGUGCAACCGAGCUCACAAUGCCCGGUCCGUUGCUCUUCUUCAAAACGACGGCAGGGUACUUUGACGUCGAUUACGCCAUCUCCAUGGUCCCCAAGGACAAAGCCAACCCCCCCAUUGCCGUGGGCAACAUCUGGGGCAGGUCGAACCGGUGGAUCGGCGAGUUCAGAGCUCAUGACGGCUGGCUGGGCAUCCAAUCGUCCAACUAUGACGGCGGCGAAAAGCUGGAGUUUAUUGCCAUCUCCAGUGCGAUGGAGCGCAAGGGGUCGUACGUCUACCCGAUGGACAGGUUCGCGGAGAACAUGGAUGAGGAUGGCGUAGUCCAUUUCGUCAACGUCUUGUGGAUUGAGCGAAUUUCCGGCGUGGCGUAUAGGAGAGGGAUUGGGCAUAUCCUGCAGAAGGCGUGGAACGCCCAUGCGAGAGAUGAGGUGGACGUUUAUCUUGGAUAA